AGAAGCAGCCUCUCGCCUCCCCUGGAUGUCACCAUGAGGCCAGUGUCCCUGGUGCUCUUCCUCACUUUUACUCUGCUGGCUUUCAAUGAUGGCCAUAUAGUCUCUGGAGCAGCAGAGGAUAAAAGCAGGCAGAAGAAAGUGUGGGCCACAGCAGGGAGUUCAGCUGUGCUGCCUUGCUACCUGGGCCCCAGGAAGAUGUGGAAGAGCUGGAAACGUCUGCCUGACAAGACAUCCGUGCAAUGGAAGCGGCAUGGGGGAAGCACCCACCAGGAACCACACAUGGUGUUGGAGGUGGGGUACUCGGGCCUCCGGAAGACAGCGCUGCCCAUGAGGCCCCGGGUGUCAGUCCAGGACUCUGCUUUACGGGAUGGAAAUUUCUCCUUGCAAAUCGAUCCUGUCCGGAGCGAGGAUGCCGGGCUGUAUGAAGCCCAGGUCACAUACAACACAGGGGUCCAGAGCUGCCAGGUGGAGCUGGGGGUAAUCACAGUAACUCUCAGCCCACCCAGCCCUGUGGUAGAGAACGAGCCACUCUUGUUGAGCUGCAACUCAAGUCAUCAGGUCAGCCUUGUGGAGACACGCUGGUUCCACAACGGGCACCUGAUGCCCACCUCUGGGACCUUCUUCUCCUUGAAUGGGGCUCUGUCCAUCCUCCGUGCAGCCAUGAGUGAUGAGGGCUCCUGGCGCUGCCAGCUCAGAUACUCUGAUAAUGUGAUUGUUUCUGCCACAUACAACCUGCAAAUUCUAGGUUUUGACGGCCCAACCAACAGUGUGGUCUAUGCUGCAUCUGGCUCUGCAGCUGAUCUACCAUGCACCCUGAACUACUUUCCCAGUGCCUUUGGGAUCAACACAGUGAGAGCCCACUGGAGCCACCUGGCAGGAGGUCACUUGCAAGUCUGGGGAAUCUCACAGAAUCUGAGCAGCAGAAGCUUCCCCCAUCAUCUCCCUGCAGUGGGGCCAGGUGAUGCGGGGCAGUAUCACUGCACCAUCUCUGUUGGCAGCAAGACAAUCAGCAGGGUCGUGACUCUGGCAGUGGUUACAGUCACCCCGAGCAUCCAAGGACCAGUUUCUGAGGGGUCCCGCUUGCUGCUCAUCUGCAGCCUCACACACCUCUGGGGACAUGAACGUUUCCAGUGGAGGCAUCUCCACUCAGCCUCUGCUGACAGCAAGUUGACUGCAGUCACUUCCCACAACCUGCAGGGCCACAGGCCCCAGAUGAGCCCAACCUUGGAAAUACCCCGAGUGUCACAAAAAGAUAUGGGCACAUGGGAAUGCAGUGUAUACGGCCCAGAAGGCAGACUGGGAGCAGUGGAGUAUGGUCUGCAGAUCAUGGGUGCCCAGGUCUCCAGCCCUCCCAUCAUCUUCAGUGGGCAGGUUAUUUUUGGGCUCACACUCACUCUCUUCCUCUUGCUCAUGGUCUGUGUUCUGGCUCUGGCCCUACAAAGAAGGGCACGAUCUCCUGCCUUUCCAGCACUUGAAGGAUUGGUUGCAAUCACUGUGCCAAAGAAGAAGGAGAUGGAGGAGAACCAGAAAGAAAAGACCCAGCAAACUGAGUGCUGA